AUGAAUGAAGUGCUCAACUCUGUGGAACGUGUUGUGACGGAGGAGAUGAGCUGUUCCUUGCUGAUACCGUAUACGGAAGAUGAGGUUCGAGUGGCCCUGCUCCAAAUGCACCCUUCCAAGUCCCCAGGACCCAAUGGAAUGUCGUCGUUCUUCCAACGCCAUGGAGCCCACCACCGAGAUCUCAAGCCAGAGAACUUGCUCUUAGACGAAGAAGGUAAUUUGAAAGUCACUGAUUUCAGUCUAAAUGAUGGGUUGCUAUGCACAAUGUGUGACACACCAGCUUACGCGGCGCCGGAGGUGAUUGGAAAGAAAGGCUACGAUGGUGCUAAAGCUCUCUGGGUGGUUCAAGUUUAA